ACAGAAGAUUUAAAUGACAUAGCCAUCGUUCUAAGAGAAUGUACGGGUCAAGAACCUCUUCAUUAUCGUCAUUAAUAAGAACAAUAUAUCACUUUCUUUAGAUGUCACACAUUAGUUGCCGUUAGAGAACAUACAUGUGUUUGAUCUUUCAUCAUACAUGCGAGUAGUACAUAUUCAAACAUAACAAGAAACUCGGAAAUCAGAAAACAUUUUUCUUUUUUUGCCACGAUCAGAAAACAUUUUUCAUAAGUCGUUUUUUGUAUUCGUAUUUGAAAUCAUUGUUUCGUGAUUGUACUACUCAUCUCACACAUUUGAUGUUGCAAACCCUGAAAAUUUACAUUCUGAAGUUUUAAAUUUGUUGGUUGUUGUUCAAGUCUUGCAUUAAUAUAUCUUAGUUAGGUUUGUUUGAUUCUUGCAUGACUCACUCUAAUCACCGUUCGUAAGAAUAGUUGUGAACUCUGAUACUAUUAGGUUUGGUAUUCAUGUCCAAUCAAGAAUAAUAUAUAUAUACAUGAUAUUUUAUAUACCUUCACAAUUUUUUGUCCUCGGACCAGAAUAUUGCAAAGUGGAAAAUGUCAAUCUGUUGGUUCCAUGAAGCUUGUGUCAGUUACAGUUGUAUCUCUUGCAAAACAGUUCUAACUUGUUAUCAAUACAAUUAUAUCCAAAAAUCAACAUCGUCGCUUUAGAAAAGAAAACCACCAUCUUAUCAGUGGUUUAAAAGCACCAAUCCAAUCUACGUCCAAUUUUAAACUUCAAAGACGUCGGUGCAUGAACUACUUCUUUUACAAUAUGGCAUCUACCGAGAAUAUUAUUGGUCGGCUGUUGUUUCUUUUACUUAAAUAGAAAGCUAUUAUAAUUGUAGAAGAUGAGAAUAUUUUCUUUUCAUUAUUCAUGAUAGUAACACCACUAGAUGAUACUAAAAGCUUCUUCUUAUGUUAGUGUUUUUUCUAUAAUAGCUACUGUUCUAUUAUUCAACUCUUUAUUUAACAUAUCAUUGACUACCACUUUUAAAUGUACUAAUAGGGUUGUUCAGUUGUUCUUCGUAUUAUUCGCUCUCCAACAUUGUGAUAAUGUAAAUGACUAAAUGUAUAUAUAUACGUGUAAUAAGAGUUAGGUAAAAUAAUCAGAUCUCCUACUUGUAGUUUUGGUAUGAGUUAGUAAACUAAAACUUUAAGGUAUCCUUAAUUAAUUCGAUCUCUAUUUCUGUUAUAAUUACUAAUGUAAAAGGUUGACUGUAGAAAAAAAGGAAAAAUAUGUGGUCAUGAACUCAUGAUAUUACUUUGUCUAGCAGAACAAGAUCAUAUAGAUACACGUAGAGUAGUGAACACAAUAAUAUACAAAUUUCAAUACACCUUAUGCUUAUUGUUCAAUAACCACAAAAAAACAUACUUCAACACACCUUACUAAUCUUUUGAAGGAUCAAGUGUGAUACAAAUAUCCAAUAAAUUAGUACACAUAAAAAACGAACAGUUUUAUAAAAAUACAUUUUACUGUAUGUACGUGGGCCGAUCGGUAUUCAAACAAACAUACUUUAGCAGUUGAAAGAUUUCAUGUUCUAUUUGGUGUAAAGAUUUGAUUGGACAGAAAAGAAUAAGGUAGUUUGGAAAAGAAUACAAAGAAAUCUUCAAUUAGGUUUCAGUCAGUCUCCACUCGCACGGUGCUAUCUUGCUUAUAAUAUGACGAAUAUUCGUUUUCCAGCUAUAUGAAGUAGUCAUCAUGCAUAUUUAAACACUUGAUGAUACUUUUUCAAUAGCCACUAUUUAAUUUUAUAAUUCGUUGACAUAAAAAAGCUCUUCAAAUAGCGAAAAUAAUUAAAUUAGUUUUAGAACCAGUGAAGUGAUAAAAUACUUUAUUAUUUGUAUAUAUAGGUUACACCUAAAAGUAAACUAAAUUGAAAUCAUUAAAAACAAAUCCCAAAUCUUAAGGUCUAGUCCACGUUAUAAAUACACACUCAUCCCUUGUACUCCCGUUCAUCUUUGCCCCCUUCUCUCCCUCACACACACAGUUUUUCUGUUUCGCUCUGUUUUUGUUUUCUUUUACUCUCACAACAUGUCAGUGGUUGGCCAAGCUUACGACCAUCUUCUCAAGAAGCAGAUAAGCCAAAACGCUGACGUGGGUGGAUGGAGUUUCCUGCAAUCUCUCUGUGAAACCAAAGGCAUUGUCCGAAACAGAGAAGACCAAACAAAGAAAACGUCUUACGUCCACCCAACUGAUCAGAAGCUGUUCGUAGCUAAACUUAGCCUCGAGAUGUGCACAGAGAGUCUCGGUACCGAGAGUGGGAGUGAAACUGGAGACGAGAUCUCGUUGCUUGCGCUGGAAGCAACCAAUAUACCAAUGCUUCCUGUUAAAAGAACACCACGAGAAGAAACUUACCCUAAAGUACGUGAAAACAGUUUUCCCCCGCCGUUAAAAUCCGUGAAAGGGUUUAACCAUAGCCGCAUGGUGAAAUCUUAUACAGAAGAUGGUCGUCUUGUAGUUCAAGCAAUUAGGGUUUGCUCACCGCCUCGUUGCUUUGUAUCUGAACGUUGUGAAGGAAGGCUUCGUCUCUGUUUGUCAGAGAGUUCUUUACUUAGCCACGAUGGGAAUGAGCAGUUUGAAGACAACGAGAAUGGACUAGAAGAUGAUGCAGAGGAGGAGGACGAGGGUAAAAUCGGAAAUAACAAAUUUAGAAGGCCGAGAAGGAGAUGCAAUGAAAAUGGAUGUGAGCCUAAAACCAUGCAUAAAUGGAAGCAGGAACAAUUUUGGGUGACUACAUGAUGGGAAACUCAAGUCAGCAAUUUUUAUAUUUAAUACAAUAAAGGCCAUACAAUAAUUACAUAUAUAACUAUGAUUUAGUAUGGCUUAUGAGUGUUUUCUACGUCCCAUUGUUUUACUGGCUACGGCUUCCAAUUCUACACUGAUACUAUAUAUUUUUCAUUUUAAAAGAAAAUUUCUCAUCUAAAAAAAAAUUGUUUUAUAAGUCAUAACUCAUUUAAUUUUACUUAGUACAAGGUUAUGCCAAGAUUCGGAGUCAUAUAUACACAGUUUUAAAGAUCUGGAAUGACACUUUCGAUCAAAUGCUAUCGCUCCCGCCGCCUGAAGCACAACGGAAGUUAACUCUCAUUGCAUGGCAAGCGACUCUCUACUGGUUGUGGAAUGAGAGGAAUGGACGACUACACUCGAACAUCUUUCGCUCCACUCACCAGAUAUUUAGACUCUUGGAUGCUCAACUAAGAAACAAGCUACAGAGCUUCCGCAACACUAACCCGGCCAGAUCUUCCACCAUGAUGCAGAGCUGGUUCCGCUUUGCCUGAAUUCUGUUCACCAUCACCGGCUUCACCCAACUCACCCUCGACACUCUUGAUACUUCGAUGAUUUCAAAGACUCGAGUAAACUGAAAAGACCAACUGGGCUUCUAUCCUGGGCUCUACCUUACUCUAUCUUGGGCUCUUAGAGGGCUCUUUAUGUGAUUCUACUAAGCAUGAGUUAUAACUAUAGCCAAUGGGCUUGUAAAACAUUUUGGAUCUUUUCUUUAAAUUUAAGUAAGCAAGUUACAAAAAAAAAAAAAAGAUUUUAAAGGUCGCCUGUAUACGGUGGGCAAUAGUCAAUAUAAAAUAAAUUUCCUUUGCACAUAAAUUAAAAAUUUCCCGAAACAGUUUAGUUUACCAAAAAAAAAAUACGAGAAAUGAUGAUUGAUCCUAAAUCCAUGAAGUGAUAGUUAAAUUAAAACUAUCAAAAACAGAUACUCCAUCUGGUUUAAAAUGACCAAUGUUAUAGAAAUUAUUAUUUCAAAAAUAAUUUUUUUUUACAUUUCAAUGCAUAUUUGAUUAGGUAAUAAUGAAAAAUUGUAAAUUUAGAAAAACGUAAUUGUAUUUUUUUAUUUUUUUUGUCUACAAAAUAAUUUAUAAUGCAUUUAUAAACAUAAUUUUUGUCUAGUUGUGCAAAAUAGUUAAUCAUACAAAAUAAUGCAUUUAUAAUCAGAAUUUUAAUGUGUUUCUUAAUAAAUAUAAAAACUUCAAAAUGUACAUUAUUUUAAAACGCAGAAAGUAAAACUAAUGUGAUUUGUAUAGGUAACAUCUAAUAAAGUUUCGUGAAUAAAAUAAAUGGAUCCGAAGGAGAAGAAAUUUGGGUAUGUGACUGGAUGAUAUUAUGGAUCUUAAGGAGAUGCGAUUUGUUUAGGCUACUAAUAAUCUUACGGAACCUAAGGAGAUGUUAUUGAACUAAUGAGUUCAAUGAAAUUUAAUGGAAUUUAAAUUUAAAUUUAAAUUUAAAGUGGAAUUCAUUGUUAUUGGAUUGGGUAUUUGUUAGAUGUAAUUUAAAAUGAACUAAUUUUAUUAAAAUAUUUAUAUUAUUUUAAUUAUAAAUAACUUUUAUUAUUAUUUAAAAAUAAGUAAAUAUAAUUAAAAUAACUACUUCAUCCGUGGUGGGGCGAGUUUGACCUGCUUUCCAAUCCUAUUCACGGUUCUCUAUUAUUCACCAAGUAUUACAUGACAUUCUAGCUUUUUCAAGCUCGUAGGUGAACUACAUUUAGGUUUUCAUAAAACCUUGGAUGUGUUGGGAUCUUAUUCUUCGUUUUAUUUAAAUUUGAGUACAUUGUUAAUUGUAAAACUAUGUUUGGUCUAUGCUAAUAAUGCCUCGCUAAAUUUUCUGCUAGAUAGGGUCACGUAAUCUCACGAUUACAAUUUGAUAUUGAGCCCACUUGGGGUAAGAAUAAGAUAAACUAAUAAAAUCUAACCACAAAAAUUUCUAACUUGGGUUGGUUGGUGAAGGUUGUUAAGAAGAACUGGCACCGUUGAUCAUUUUUUUUCUCUCCCUUUCAAUAUCAGGGAUAGUAGACGACUAUAGAUUAAAAAAAGUUUUAAAUACAUUUUUGCCAUAAAAGGUUGGAUAUGAUUUAUAUCAUCUCAAUGUUUUUGUUUGUCAUAUUUUUUUAUAUAAAUUUUAGAUCAAGACGACAUAUUUAGUUAGUAAUCAUAAGAAAUCCGAUGAUGAAAUUAACAAGAAAAAAAAGCUAAGCAAACAAAAAGAUAGAAAUCUAAUAUUAUACAUUCAUAUAUUUUUCUUUACUAAACAAAAACUUGGUUGGAAUUUAAAUGUAAAAGUUACAAGUGUGGUGAUAUACUCACUGAAUAUUAGUUGCAAUAUUGUUUUGGAUUUAAAUACGUUUUUAACAGGUUCUCUGUAGAAUUGGUUUAUAGCAAGAAAAACAAAGUUACAAAACAAACUAUGAAAUUCGAAUUUGUAGUUUAUGUAAAGCCCUUCUUUACUUACAGCCGUUAUGGUAUUUGUACGGAACAACUUAAACUAUAUCAUUAAAUAUAACAAUGUGAUUAAAUAUUAGAGAGGCGUUUACCCAAAUACAACUCAUCCCACUCCCCCAACAUGAUCUCCUUGAUCUUUCUUAUAAACUAUAUAAUUUUAUUUUGUCAACUGAAAUUACUAAUUUAUCUGCAGAUAAACAAAACAAUAUAUAUAAAAUACUUCUGAAUAUUUUAAGGUAAAAAGUUACAGAUGGUGAUUUUAUUAACAUUGAUGUUACCAUAUAAUUACUAUGCCUUUCAUAUGAAUGGUGUGAGUCAUAGGUAAAGAUAAAAAAAUUUAGUAGUCAAAAGUCAUAUGAAAAGUAGUCAAGUAUGUUCCAUUAAUGUUAACGUUACAACAUGAUUACCAUGCGGUUUAAGGGAAUAAUUGACCAAGAAACUUUCUAUAAUGUAAAACUAUAUGACUAUUUUGUUUUGUUUUGAAAAUUUGAAAUGAAAGGGUACGUAACUCUCAUUCCAUCCUCCUAAUAAUGAAGUCAAGAAGCCAAAUAGUCAAAUCAUAAUUUUCCUUUUUCUGUUGUCAAAAAAAAUGUAAUUUUCAGUAAAAACAAAAAAAAACAAUAAAUGGAGGCAUUAAAAAUCUUAUAAUAUAAUCUGAAGAAAUAAUAAUUAGCAUUCCAAACAAUUUAUCGUCAUCUCUUCUCCCUUACUUUACAAACUCAUCGUGACUAAUAUAUAUAUAGUUAAGUUUCAGGUUAGAAGUUGGGCAAAAUCAAAUCUCUUCUCCCGUCUUUUAGUCCUUUUCUUCUUCAUCGAAGAUUAAAAUGGGAGAUACUAUGGGUCACAAGCAUCAGUUGCAGAAGUCGGUUCCUGUCAAGAACCACAAUCACCUCGGCAGCGGUGGAUUACGUCGACCCGGUGCACCUCCUCUCAGAGAUUUGAACUAUAAUACAAGGCAAAUGCAGCAAAACAAUUGGCAAAUGAGUAAAGGAGAGGACCGAAUGCCAGCAUUUCCCUUGGGCCGUGCAUCUUCUGGCACUGGAGUAUAUUUUCCCAGAAUCGCUUCGCAUCCGCCAACCAAAAAGACAGAAAUUCGUGAAGAUGAUUCGAAGAAGAAGGAGAAGAAGAGCGAAACGGUGGAAACUCCCUUUGAUUCGCUGGAGAAACUUCUCCCGGAGGAAUGGACUUAUUAAUGACCUGACCUUGGUGCCGUUGACCAAUUGUACUCAUUAAUGCGAAGAAGUAGAGUCAAAUAAAAAGAAAAGGAAAGAUUCUCAUGUCGUGUCUGUUUUGUUACCAUUGGGUUAGUAAUAAUAACCAAAAAUAAGAUCAACCCGUUUGUGACUGUGAAUAUUCAUAAUGUGAUAAUUUUCAAUUUGCAAA